UAUUAAGAGACCUUGACCUAUUGACCCCUUUGUUUUGAAAAGCGACAGCUGAUAGCUGACCCAUACCGCUACGGUCUGGAUCUAGAUCUAAUAGACCACACGUUUUAGUCAUUUUAACGGUACAGACUAAAGAGAAAAUUUGACGUCUUGAAGAAAUGCACGGAGCUAAAAGAUUGACUUGUACUUUUCUUUCUUAUCGGCAUCUUUCUCAAGGAUGUAUCCGAAUAAGAAACAAAUGGACUGGUCAAGAAACAAUUGAAACUGAUGACCCUGAGGUCUAUGAAAUUAUCAAACAAGAGAAAUACAGGCAGUCUCAUGGUUUAGAACUUAUAGCUUCAGAGAACUUUGCUAGUCGUGCUGUUCUAGAAGCAUUGGGGUCUUGUUUGACUAACAAGUACUCUGAGGGAUACCCUGGAGCAAGAUAUUAUGGAGGCAAUGAAAACAUUGACAAAAUUGAAGUUUUGUGUCAGAAGAGAGCGCUGGAAGCAUUCAGAUUGGAUCCAGACAAGUGGGGUGUAAAUGUGCAGCCUUACUCUGGGAGUCCUGCCAACUUUGCAGCCUUUACUGCAGUGUUAAAUCCACAUGAUAGAUUAAUGGGCUUAGACUUACCAGAUGGAGGACAUUUAACCCAUGGCUUUAUGACUGAUACUAAACGUGUAUCUGCAACCUCUAUCUACUUUGAAUCUAUGCCUUACAGGCUGAAUCCUAAGACUGGUUAUAUUGAUUAUGACAAGCUUCGAGAAACAGCUAGACUUUUUCGUCCUCGCUUAAUUAUAGCAGGUACAACAGCCUAUUCAAGAUUGCUUGAUUAUAAAGCAUUUAGAGAGGUUUGUGAUGAGGUAAAGGCUCAUUUGUUGGCUGACAUGUCUCACAUCUCAGGACUUGUUGCUGCCAAUGUCAUUCCAUCACCAUUUGAAUAUGCAGAUGUUGUCACAUCAACUACACAUAAAACUUUAAGGGGUCCCAGGUCUGGAAUGAUAUUUUAUCGUAGAGGUGUGAAAUCUGUGGACAAGAAAACUGGAAAGGAAACUCUUUAUGACUAUGAAAAAACUGUCAACAAUGCUGUAUUCCCUGCUUUACAAGGAGGACCCCACGAUCAUCAAAUAGCAGCCAUAGCUGUGGCUUUAAAACAGGCAAUGCAACCUGACUUCAAAUGUUACCAAGAACAAGUUUUAAAGAAUGCUAAAGCAAUGUGUAACUCUUUACUAAAGAAAGGUUACACAGUUGUUUCAGGUGGUACAGACAAUCACUUAGUCUUAGUUGACCUUAAACCAAAGGGAACAGAUGGAGCAAGAGUAGAGCGUGUGUUAGAGUUGUGCUAUAUAACAGUCAACAAAAACACUUGCGCCGGAGAUAAAAGUGCAAUGACCCCUGGAGGAUUGAGAUUAGGUGCCCCAGCCCUGACAAGCAGAGGUUUCAAGGAAAAAGAUUUUGAAAAAGUUGUGGAGUUAUUAGACAAAGGGGUUCAAAUAUCUGUACAAGCUCAGCUGCAAACAAAAACACUGAAAGACUUUAAAGCUUUUGUUCUUGAGAAUGCAGACAUUCAGAAAGAAAUACAAUCUCUUAAAGAGGAAGUCAUCACCUUUUCUAAAAACUUUUCCAUGCCAGGUUUUGAAGACAGAUGAGUCCAUCAAUUAAUUUCAAUGGCAAUGUUAUACAUUUAUUUAGAAAAAGAUCUGAUCUAUACACAAUAUAUAUAUACACUCAAAGAGUUCCAUAAAUCAUUUUGCAAUCCAUAAAAUAUUUUGUUUUUUGACACUGCCCUUAAGUUUUCACCAAGUUUAUUUUACUGUUGGCUCUUUCUGUAGACCUCAUACGAAAGUAACUAUGAUUUUUAGGUUUCAAUAGAUACAGAUAUAUAGAUACUGGUACUUUUACCAUGGUAACAUUUAUACAUUCCAAUAAAGUGUCCUUCUUAUCAUGUCUAAUCUUUUUGGCCAUAUAUGAUUUAUGCUAAAAAACAUAAUAAUUAAAAAAAGAAUGCAUAUGUACAUUUCUUUGACUAAUGGUCUAAGUUGUAUUGUUUUUUGCCAAUAAAACAUUAGUGAAACAUUUAAAAUUUAUCAUAUUUAAAGGAAAGUAUAUACCGUAUAUUAAAAUAAGAAAUCUAUUUUUCUGUGAUUAAUCAGACAUCUAGUAAGCAUAAUUACUGAAGGUGCUAUAAAAUAGAGCAUUGUUUAUUGAUCAUGUUUAUAUACCUUAUAUUAUGAUUGUUAUAUGUUUGGACACUCUAGAACCAGCUAAAAUAAAUUUUCAGUAUUAUAUUGUUAUUUAUGUAAAGUUGCAAUAUUUGUUACCAUACUUGAUAACUGGUCCUUUUUGGUGUAAUGUUUGUUGUGAAAGACAAUUCUGGUCAAUAAAAUUGUUCUCAUAUACUGGUAUGAGAUUUUUUUUACCCAAUUUCUAUCAAAAUGCUUAGCAGUUUAUAGUAUUAUGAAUGGCAAGAAUGUUGAGGUAUAUCAUUUACCACUUUAAUGGUUAAAACUUCCAAGAUAUCAUGCAUACUGGUACUUAAAAAUUUUUCAUAUAAUUAUUUGCUAUCAUUUUAUGGGGUAUCUAGGCAGGGUAGCACCUCUAGUGGUCAGGCAGUCGUACCCUUUACAGAGGGUAGCUUGGCUCACUCUUGGUCCCCAAUGAACUCUCACCUGUGGCUCCCAGUAGCUGUAGCAUAUGCAGCAGUCACACCCCGGUAAAAACUUGGGAGGCCCACCUUAUGGUUGCAUGCACCUAUUUUUUACACUCCUGAUUCAGAUGCGCCACUUAAUAUUUUAAAAAGUUUAGUCCUUUAAAGUGUGGGAAUUUAUACAUAUUUGGUUAGUUAUAGACAUUUGUGUCAUUAAAAUAGUUUUCUCUGUAGCUUUGUUUUGAUUUUGACCCUUCUGUUGUUCUUACUCAUGGAAGCACAGUCAUAAACUCUGCUGCUCGGCAAUACGCUGCCUACAUGAAUACUUCCCGCUACUAUCACUAUUCACUUCCAAGUACAUCCUCAUGACCCUCAAGUUUACCCUAACUGCCCAUUUGGACAACUUUCAGGAAGUGUUCACCUGUCAGUAAAUAGUGAUGUACCGGUAUGCUGUGGGUGGACUAGUUUAUUAUAUUUUAUACCGGUACUAUUGAUUGUGAUCAUGACGAGGCUAAAGAAAUCAUUAUAAUUCUAAAAUGUUUUAUGUAAAUAUAAUUUAUUCUAAUUAGCAAUACUGGUAUGUUGAAACAUUUAGUACUAGAUUUGAAUUACGUUUUUGCUCAACAAGUAAUUGCAUAAGCUAUGUUUCAAAGCUGUGUCAAAGGGUAUUAUUGAAUAUACAAGUACUGGUACUGUUGGAUUGGACAUACACAUUAACAAAACUCUUCAUGAAUGCUUUAAGAAAAAUAAAAUGUUAUGUCCUGUUAACAAUGAAAUACCGUGAAAUGGGGUGACUUUGCCUACUCUAUACUAAAAAUGUGAAAGGCUUUAAAAACGUUUUUCCUGAGUUGUUUCCCAUGAAUUUUCAUUAAAAUAUAAAAGAAUAUAGGUUAGUGUUUAGAAAUAAUACUUCAUCUCUGCUGUAAGUAGCAAAACAUGGCAGAUACACGUUUUUGACUCAGGACCUUCAAUUUCACUAAUUUCAGCUGUUUUUAGGUGAGUUACAACUUUAGUUUAGAUCUAAUAGGAUAUUAGCUAAUAAAAUGAACUUAUGCAUUUUUUUCAGUUGUAAUUUGGUUUACAAUUGUGAGGGGAAGUUGUAAUUAAUUUCCUAACAGGUUUUAAUGCCUAAGGUAGAGGCAAAGUCACCCCCCUUAUAUGUGUAGCAUUUUUUCUUUCAGAUAGUCGUGCCAACAGUGUCCAAAAAGAAGCGGAGCUGACAUAAACAUAAUGAUGUAGAAACUUUAUUAAAGCUAUGGAAGAGUGAAAACACAAACAGGGAUGAGCGGAAAUUCAGCUGGCAAUGAGAGAAUAUUUCUGUUUGGGCUAUUCUGUGAGAUUGGCGCAAGAAUGCAACAUCCUUCACAGCCAGCAUUCUCAACAUCAGUUAUGUUCCAAGUGUAUGAAAAUAAUGCUACUACCAUUGAAGCACUUAUAUUCCAGCAGUGGGGAAAUAAAUUCUGGGUCAGAUGAGUGGAAACCUUAACCACGAAGAAAGAAUUUGUCGAUAAAUGUCAUUGAUUUUAACUGUUUACUUUAGGAGGAAGCCAUGCAUUAAACAGCUAAAAUUU